AUGGGGGAUGAUGUGUUUUCAACUUUGAUUGAUGAAUCUAGUGAUAUUGUUGGUAAAGAACAAAUGGUUGUUGUUGUCCAUUAUGUUGAUAGUGAAAGUUUGGUAAAAGAAAGAUUUAUUGGCAUUGCAAAAUUUAAAGAAACAAGCCCUAAGUCACUUAAAGAUGCUUUUGAGAAGUUGUUGUCUUUUAAUUGCUCGAGUUUAUCUAGCAUUAGGGGGCAAGGGUAUGACGGAGUUAGCAAUAUGCAAGGCCGAUUUAGUGUUAACAUGCUUGUUAAUUUCAUACGAGCUUCUAACAAGAGACAAGAAUUGCUUCAAGACAAACAAGUAGCUCAGUUUUCUAAAUUGAUUGAGGAGGCUGAGAUAGAGACUGGUAGUGGAAUGAAUCAAGAAUCAUCUAUUGCUCGAGCUGGUGACACUCAUAUGGGUUUCCAUUUUAGGACUUUCACUAAGUUGAUAACUUUGUAUGGUGCCAUUGUUGGGGUGAUUGAAGAAGUGGGGAAUGAUCCAACAUUGAAAUUUUUUGGUGAAACUGUGCUUUGGCUAGAUGCACUUCAAUCUUUUGACUUUAUCUUCAUGUUGUAUAUGAUGGUUAAGAUUUUGGGAGUUACAAAUGAUUUGAGUGCAACGCUACAAAGGCAUGAUCAAGAUCUUUUGAACGCUUUGUCACUUAUCAAUGAUACCAAAAAACAAUUACAAGAUAUGAGGAAUGAGGGGUGGGAAGAAUUUAUAUCUAAGAUUAUUAAAAUUUGCAAUAAGCAUAAUAUUGAUCUGCCAGAUAUGGAUGCACAUAUUCACAAAGGAUGA